AUGCAUUUCUGGUGCAAUGCCGCAAGCGGCACGUACGAGCGAACGACGGGCAACAUCCACGAGCGGUUGUUCGACGUACGGCUGUCAGGGAAGGGCACGGCCCUCGAAAGGCGCGAGAGUGGCAGGCAAAGCGAGGCACUGCUGUGGAGUGCGCUGGAGUCCACUGGAGCACUUCAGAAGGUUGCCGAGCUCCCCAGGAAAGGCCCCGAAAGCCACACUUGGACCACGUAG